GACUUUGGUUGGCUGGGUCAACUUCUGCUGGCAAAAUUCUUCUUCGUUUUGAGUAUUGGCUUUCACAGUACCAGAUCCAAUAUUUUAUCACGGCUCCAUCUCCGUGGCUCUCAAGCUCUCAAGCUAAGAGACUUUUCAAGCAAACCCAGAGGAGAGGAGAAAACAGAGCGAAGAAGAUGGAGAAGAAGCUUUUGGACGCGGCCAUGGAAGGAAACAUAGCGAUGCUUAAAGAUUUAAUCCAACAAGAUCCACUUGUUCUUGAUAGAAGUUUAGUAUCCUGCGUCUCCGAGACCCCACUUCACAUAGCUUCAAUGUUGGGCCAUCUGGGUUUCGUCAAGGAGCUACUGAGUCAUAAGCCCGAGUUGGCCUCCGAGCUGGACUCGAGGGGCUCGACGCCUCUCCACUUGGCGGCGGCCAAAGGGCACGCGGAGAUCGUAAAGGAGCUGGCUUUGGUGGAUCCCGCGGCAUGCAUGGUGAGGAACGAAGAUGGGUGGGCGGCCCUCCACGUGGCAGCCGUCAAGGGGCGUGUUAAGGUGCUGGGUGAGUUGGCCCGAGUCAGGACUGACUCCACUCUGGCGUUGACGGACCGGGGCGAGACUGUGCUGCACUUGUGCGUUGGGCAUAAUCGGUUGGAGGGGUUGAGGGCUUUGGCUGACGCUUUUGGAAAAGAUGAUGAGUUUCUGAACUGGAAGGACGUCGAUGGGAACACCAUUUUGCAUAUUGCUGUGGCCAAGAAGCAAAUUGAGAUCAUUAAGUUCUUGCUUACCAGUACCGGAGUGAAUGUGAAUGCGUUGAAUGCCAACAGCUUUACGGCUUUGGACAUUCUGAUGCAGAGUCCUAGAGAUUUGAGGGAUAUGGAGAUUGAGGAUUCUCUUCGAAGUGUAGGGGCUAAAAGUGCAAAGGAUGUACGUCCCAUUGUGCAUGACUGGGUUCGAGUUCCAACAAAAGAACGCCAGAUAGCAAGACGUCUAGGCUCAGUACUAUCCUCUAAAGAAGGUGAUUCUAUGAAACCGGCUGCCCAACGGAAGCCUAGCGAUUGGCUCGGGAGGAAGAGAAGUUCAUUGAUGGUGGUGGCAUCUCUCCUUGCAACCGUUGCCUUCCAAGCUGGUUUAACCCCGCCAGGAGGUGUUUGGCAGGAUGACCUGAAAGUAGAUGAGAAUGGCAACCCUGUGGCAAAACCUCACUCCGUAGGAACUUCUGUCAUGGCAUAUAACCUGCCAAAAGAGUAUGGUCUGUUCAUGAUUUUUAACACAACCGCUUUUCUCACGUCCCUAAGCAUAAUUCUUCUGCUUGUUAGCGGGCUACCAAUAAAGCGUCGAAGGUGGAUGUGGAUACAAAUGGUCAUAAUGUGGGUUGCCAUCACUACACAAGUAGUAACUUUCUUCAUCUCUCUCCGUCACAUGUCACCUGAUGACAUAAAUGUGCAAGGCACGCUGCGUGAGGUAACGUCAAUAUCAGUUUUGACAUGGUUGACUUUGAUGGUGGUUGUUUUCGUAGGGAAUUGUAUUCGUAUGAAUUUAUGGGUUCUCAGAAAGUAUGGUUAUAUUAAGCCAAAAGAGGAAUCAGCCACCAUUGAUGAUGAACUUGAAGAGGGGGAGAACUGAGGAUUAAAGUGAAAAGAACUCUCACUUUUAUAUGGCCUGACAACACAGAACUUGUCAUUGCAGUCGUGUAGAUGUGAGUGUCAAGCUAGAAAGUUUUGGUCCACAACCUUGUCAAGUAUGAGAUUGGACAUUUGAAGGUCUGUUUUUUAGCAGCACAUUUGAAUGAAGAUAUUGUAGUCAACCACUUUCUUAUCUGAUUGUUUGGGUUUGAGGAUUAAACUCACCAUUCUUGUAUAUCUAUUCCUCUGUUAAUGAUUAUGUGGAGGGCAUUCUUUAAUGAAACGAUAGUCGUUGGAUAGUUGUCGGCUUGGUUAGUGUA